AUGUACUCCAAGUUCUGGCCUAAGGGAGGCCUCCCCGGCAUCCUGCAUCAUUACACCGAAAGCCUCGUCACGUUUGAAUACACCACCGGUGCCGUUCGAAAACCUCAUAGUUUGAUCUUCGUGGGCGGUCUGGGUGAUGGGCUGGCUACGACCUCUUACAUGGCGGACCUGAUCCACGCCUUACAACCCACGGGCUGGUCACUCUUCACCCUGAACCUCACAUCCUCCUAUCAAUCAUGGGGUCUGGGGCAUCUGGACCGAGACACGAACGAGAUCGCCCAAUGCCUCCAGUACAUCAAAGACUACAAAACCUCCAAGUUCGGCGACGGCAAGAUCGUGCUCAUGGGCCACUCCACCGGCAGUCAAUGCGUCCUACACUACCUAUCCCGACCCAAUCCGCACACCACCACUGCACCCUUCGACCCGGAUCUCCAACACGUCAAGCGUCUGCCUCUCGACGGAGCGAUCAUGCAAGCGCCCGUGUCCGACCGACAGGCCAUCCAGUUGGUCUUGGCGCAUGGAUUCGGGGAUAAGACCCCCGGCGAGAUCCGACCGAUCUAUGAGAAGGCAGUGGCCAUGGCGAAGGAAGCCGUCCAGCAGAACGAGUCCUGCGAUACGUUGCUCCCGCUCUCGGUGACUUCGGGGAUCUGCUACCCAGGGAACACGCCCAUCAGCUGUCGACGGUUCCUUAGUCUCGUCAGUCCGGAAAGUCCCCAGACGCCGGGAGAAGACGAUCUGUUCAGUUCGGACCUCGGGGAGGAGCAACUACGGAAGACCUUCGGGAUGAUCAAGCCACGGGGGCUAUUGAGACACAAGUUGAUGGUGUUGUUCUCGGGGGCUGAUCAGUCCGUCCCCCGGUGGGUGGAUAAGGAGGCCAUGUUGAAGCGGUGGAAGAGCGCCACGGACCCUGAUGGCGAAGGCCAGAUUUGGGAUGAUGAGCAUACGGCAGUGGUGCCUAAUGCUUCUCACGCGUUGAGUAACGAUGAUCAAGCGGAACCUCGCAGAUUCCUAGUGGAGAAGGUGAUGGGAUAUCUGGAGACCGCAGAGUAG